AGGACUCAAUAACUAGUAAGGAGAGCUCUGCCUGCGCCUCUGCAUUGUCAUCGCUAGCACAUGCGAUACCGAAAGUUCGUAUUUUGAGGCGAGGAACUACGUUUGUGAGCACGCUGGAACAAGAUGUCAGAGCACGCAGCACAAGCAGCUUCUGAGGCUGAAAAAAAGCCUCAGUGCAAACCAUGCUGCAGAGGAAAGAGACUAAAGAAACCAAGCGAGCUUCCUUUGUACGAGAACCCACCUGACGAUAAAGAACUUGUGGAAGAGGGACCAGGUGCUGUUGAGAAUGGCGUUCGUACCGUACGACUUACUUUGACUCCUUACUACACGUAUGUCGAGGAGCAACUGAGAGAUGCGGUUGCAUCAGAUAGGCUGGGAAACAUGUACAACACAGCGGUCGAACACUCCAAAUCAAGCUACCACUACAUCACGGAAGAGAAGAACACGGUUGCCAGAGGAAUGGCCAUAACGGUCGGCGGGUUGGCCGGUCUCGUGCUUGGUGCGAGAGGAGGAAUUUUCCGCAAGCUCAUCUUCGCCACGACAGGAGCCGGAGCGGCAGCCGCCGCCUGCUACCCCAAAGAGGCCCGGGAAUUUUCCGAAAAUUAUUUGACGUUGGCUAAGGACCAAGUCACUGCAGGUGUUAAACAGGCCACGGGUUACGACCUGAAUGACUUGUUCUCCAAGGUGAAGCUGCCCAAGUUGCCAGAUUUUACUCCCAAAACAAUAGAUAAAGUUGGGGAGCAAGUGAGUGAGGUUCAGUACUACGGCUUUCGCCUGGGCAGCUCCAAAAGUGAACUCGAAUCACAGGACACGCAAAACCCUGCAAAGUGAAAUUGAUGCCUUAAACAAGCCAAUCAGCUGCAAGCAGCUGUGUGCACAAAUUCCACCAUAGGUAGGAGAAGUUGCAAAGGUUACAACUCUCCCAGCAGUGUAAUUAUGAAGCAUUAAAAUGUGGUAUACGCAA